AUGUCAGACAAUUGGGUUGCUGCUCUGCAUGACUAUGAUGCGGGAGUAAAUACUUUAUUGGCAUGUACUGCAUUAACCGAUCUGCAAGGUGAUGGAGACUAUAAGCUUGUGCUUGCGGAUCUUGGCACUAGUCGAUAUCAGUUGCGAUUAAAAGUUUAUAAAGGAAUUCAACUUGUCGGCGAAAAUGUGCUCAACGAACUUCCGUCAUCGCUUGUUUCUUUCAAUAACGAAACAACGCAGUCUUCUCUUCCAGCCAUAGGUGUGGCUUCUGGUUCAACGUUACUAAUUUAUAAAAAUUUGAAACCUUUUUACAAAUUCAAUGUGCCAGCUCUAGAAAUAAACAAAUUAGAGGCUACAGCAUGGGAAAAAGCACGAAACUCUGAAAUUGAUGCUUCACAACUGCAAAGUGAAUUGUCAAAACUUAGAGUUGAGCUGGGAGCAGAAAUCUUAACGUCAUUAUCACAGACACUUCUGAUUACGAAAGAAGAUGAUUUAGAACAUGCCUUCAAAAAGUUUCUAGAUAUGAAGCUUGUUCGAGAAGAUAUUGUAACUUGCCUGACAACGAUCAAAAAAAGCUCUUUAGAAGCAGAGAGCAUUGAUUACAUCGUUAUUGGAACAGAAAAUGGCAUGGUCUACUGUGUUGAUACCCAAGCCUUUACCGUGCUUGCUAGAUUUUCAACAUCAGGAGCUGCAGUGUUCAUUCAUGCAGCAGGAAUGUACGAUGUCGAUUUCCGAAUCUUUGUUUGUAAUAGAAAUUCGGAAAUUUUUAUCCUUAAACGUGGCGUCGCUAAAGUGAACAAGCCUAGUAUUGUCCUAAAAUCUGACGUUAUUGGUCUUACUCGAAUUAGCAAGCAGUUAGUCAUUGCCACCGACGAUAGAACAGUAUUUUUUUAUUCGAUGAAGGGCAAAUGUCUAAAACAAAUGAACUUCUCUAGCCGAGUCGUUGGAGUAGAAUUAUUUCAUUAUGAACCACGACAAUACGUCGGUGUUCUAAUUGGUCUUGAAAAAGAGAUAUUACUUUAUCAAGAAUAUCUUCUCGUAGACCGCAUAAGGUAUCAGUGUACUAUUAAAUGGUUUCGGUUUGGUCAGUUCGGUCGAGAAAAAGCUGCCUUGGUUGUAGGGAACGGUGGCUUGAUAAUACACUUGUUUCGUAGAACGGCUCGACUGGAAGAAGCUCUGGACAUCAAAACAGCUCUUCCAAAGCAGAACCAGAAGCUUAACAUUCCUAAGAAAACAAAAAUUUACGUUGAUCAAACCAUUCGAGAGAAAGAGCAAGCAAAAAGCAUGCAUCAGGUUUAUCAACGUGACUUGUUCAUGCUAAAAUUGACAACUGCUCGAGCUUUCGCAGAAAUGUCGGAGCUAUCACUAGACUCUUUAGCGAUUGCGAAAAACAAAGUUGUGGAAAUAUCUGCCGAAGUCAAUGGUUUUGGACCUGUAUUUAGGCUCGGCACGGUUAUCAGAACUGUAACGAACGAAGUGCUAGUUGGUCUCUGGCUUCUCUUUGAAUACGAUCAGGAGUUUUAUGAAUUUGCAGACGCACUUAUUCCUUUGCCACAUUUAGUUUCUGAAAAGAAGUAUAUUUUUGACACAACGGUAACAUAUUUAGAACCUGAACAAAAAAUAUCCAAGGAAAUACGAGUCUACUUGACCGAUAGCACAAAAAUUUUGGUCUCAGCAGUCGUUGCUAUGCCGGUCAGCGAAAAUUCUCUAAUUGAUUAA